AUAGCUUAGUUGAAUCCAGGUGGAGAUUUUUUUUUUUUGGCCGGCAGUGCAUUUUGCAGGUAAAAUGUGUAAAACAGUUUCUGCCCCAUCAGAUCGAUGUCAGCAGGAGAUCAAUCGAGUUCUGGAUGGGAGGGAUCGGGUCAGUUUUGAGGACAGACACAACAUGCCUUACGUGCAGAUAGUUUGUAAUAUCUCUGUUGUAAUCCACGCUGUAAUCCAUGAAGUCCAGAGGGUGGCCAACACUGUUCCUCUCAGUGCCUUCCACUGCUCCACUAAAGACACAGAGCUGAUGGGAUGUGACAUUCCCAAGGCAACAUUAAUCAUCCAGAAUAUGGAGUCAGUGCUGAGGGAGGAGGGUCAGUGGAAGUUCCCUCACGAGUUCAGUCCUGAGAACUUCCUGAACGAGCAGGGAGAGUUUGUCAAACCAGAGGCCUUCAUGCCAUUCUCUGCAGGUCCUCGGAUGUGUCUGGGAGAGGGUUUGGCUCAUAUGGAGCUGCUCCUCAUGACGGUGACUCUGCUGAGGAAGUUUAAGUUCAUCUGGCCAGAGGAUGCUGGAGAACCAGACUUCACUAUGGUUUUUGGGGUAAAGUUGACUCCAAAACCUUAUAUGAUGAAGGUCCAGCUGAGGUCUGAAUAGUGAGGAGGUGCAGACGCUCUGCAGAAAAUGAUGAAAGAACUGAUCAGUUAAAUAAUCUGGUCAUUGUCAAAUCUUUUGGACACAAUUCCUUGGUGGAUUUCAAUUGUUAACUCAGAAGCUUGAAAUCUAUACUUUUUCCAAAUAUAUUUCAACUCCAAAGAU